CUGUUAAUAGGAACUCCAAAUUGGCUAUGUUCUAGUAUGCGGAUUGCCGGCUGGCUCUCCUAAAGAAUGCCAUAUUAUUGGCCACCAACCACCAAUUGGCAUUGAGAAACAUCCGUGACUUAAAUUUCAUUGGUGGUAGUAGUUAAACCGGGAAUUCUACUGAACUUUGUCGAAUUUCAUUCCACAUACUUGUGCGUUGUUGACUCCGGUAUAGUCAUUAAGUGUCUGUGUACUAAAGGUUGUAUAAUGGCCAACAUCGAUACCGCCGAUCAUAUCACGUGUAUGUAACAUUGGAUGCAAGCGAGUGCCAAAAAACUCCACAGAUCUCAAACGUCUCUUCACACGCAAAUGGCAAAUCAACAGAAAGCAAGACGCAUUGCAGUUCUUGGCUCAAGGGCAGUCGGAAAAUCAUCUUUGGUUAUUCAAUUUUGUGAGAACCAUUUUGUCGAGAGCUACUAUCCCACCAUAGAGAAUACCUUUACGAAAACUAUAAAAUACCGAGGACAUGAAUUUUCUGUUGAGAUCAUGGAUACUGCUGGACAGGAUGAAUUUUCAAUCCUCAGCUCGCAUCAGGCAACGAAUAUACAUGGCUAUGUGCUUGCGUAUUCCAUUACCUCCAAGUCAAGCUUUGAUAUGAUUAAGAUCAUUCGAGACAAAAUCCUUAAUUAUACUGGUAUGGACAAUGUACCCUGUAUCAUUGCUGGCAACAAAUCCGAUCUGAACAUACAACGGCAAGUGUCUGAGCAAGAAAGCAAAGAGUUGGCUGCUCAGUGGCAUUGCCCUAGUAUUGAAGUUUCAGCAAAGCAUAAUGAAAACAUCAGUAAGUACUUUGCUUGCAGAGGGCUCUCGCUUUAAAUAGUCAUUUGAACCUAACUGAUAUUUCUCGUCUUUAGGUAAGGUCUUCGAUCUUCUUAUUGCUGAAAUUGAGAAAGUUAACAAUCCUCCGCCUGAAGAUAAGAGCAACUGUAUUAUUUCGUAG